CGGCCCACUAGGUCCCCAGGGCAGCCCUGCCAGCCCAGCCCAGGAAGGCCUGGCUUGGCCACGUACACACCAUGAAGUACCCCCUGGUGCCACUGGUGAACGACCUCACGUUUUCUUUCCUGGUGUUCUGGCUCUGCCUGCCAGUGGGUCUGCUGUUGGUCUUGUUGAUCAUCUGGCUACGCUUCUUACUUAGCCAAGAUUCAGAGGAAAAUGACUCAGAUUUAUGCUUUGACUGGGAGCCCUGGAGCAAAGGCCCAGCACAGUUUUGCUGGGAGGGGACAUUCCAUAGCUAAGAGGAGGAGAGACCCUGCUGGUGAGCCUCUUCAGCCAGACUCAACCUGCCAUGCUUUUCCAGCCUGGUUUUCCUGGAGUCAGCUGGGUGGUUGCAGUAACCAAGGUGGAUGGAAGAGACUCACCGGUGAGGGAAGAAGAAGACCCUGGCAAGUGAGGUGCUUCCCUAGGGCCCCUGACUCAUCUCCACCAGUGGACUCAGGAAAGCCUCCAGAGGACCCUGCUCUUCUCCCGCUACAGAAGACCUCCCAGGGUCCUUGGGGAGGAACCCAGGCCUGUGAAGAUGAUAUAAGCAGGGACACAGGGAGAAGGUGGCCAACUGAACUCAGAGGAAAUCCUAGGACAGGGCUGGGCUGGAAGGUGUGGGUCCAUAUUAAAGGAACGAGGGGGUUCCUGUGCUCAGGAGACCCCUGACAAACCUGCUGGGCCUGGCCACAUCCAUUCACUUAGCAAGCUGUGGGGCCUGGGCCCAACCCCUGGCACUGACUCCAACUAUUGCUGACCAUCUUUGGGAAUGCCUGACUCCCAUCUGUUUAAAGGGCUGGGGAUCCUGCCUUCAGCUCCCACUCUCUGAUUUCAUACUCCCUGAUACACCUUUAGGUUGACUUUAAUAACAAAUACUCAUUUUAUAAAUAUCUACAGAGUGGCUAUCAUAGGCCUAGUUAUGAUAAAAAAAAAUAGCUCACAUUUUAUGAGCGCUUGCUAUGUACCAGGUACUCUUCAUGUGCUUUACACAGGGGUUUAACCCUCGCAAGAAUUCUGAGGUAGGGCCUUUGGCUAUCCCUGUCUCAGAGAUGGGGAAGAUGAGGCACAGAAGGCCAAGUAACUGGCUUGGAGCUACACGGUGGAGGUGGGGUUUAAGCCGAGGCCCUGACUCUGCUGUGCCAGCUCUUCUCUAGGGAGAGGUGUGGGGGAGAUGCAGGGGAGGCAAUCCCCUGUCCUUACACCCUCACUGGUACCCCAGAGUUGACAGCAGAAGGGGCCAGGCCUUCCCAGUGUCCCCUCCUCUGCCACCCCACAUCCCACCGGUCACCACAAGCCUCUUCAAUUAUCCAGAGCAAAGAGAAAGGAACCUGAAUUAUUAGCUCGUCUGGAGCUCAGUCUCCCAGCUCUGCUUUUUCUGCCCUGUCAGAACCAUCCAUCCAAAGCGCGCAUCGGAACAUGAACAACAUGAACAUGCCCUUCCCCCUGCUAAAAGCCCCCUAUGGCUCCCUAUUGUCCUAGAGCUGAAGUAGAGUACAGAGCUGCCCUUUGGGAGAUGGGCCACACCCAAUUUGCUGGACCAGGUUUCUGUUCUUACUGACAAGGCUGCCGUGAACACCCUUGAACUUUUA